UUAUUUGUUAAGAGGGAUUUUGAAAUUUAUCUUAUCAUCUCAAAUCUCAAAUCACAAGAAAAAUAGAUUGGUCGGGUCACGCUAAUCCACCGUCCCAAACACCCCCUUUUACAUUGCCUAAAUCACGGCCUUAAACCCCAAAGCAGCGUUGUCUUUGCAGGAACCAAAGAUUAAACGAUGCAGAGACUGUGCACGAAGAUCCGCUGUUUGGCUGCACUUCAAUCAACUCAAACUCUUCCCCCUCUCUCCGCUUCACGUCGCCUUCUUCAUCACUCCUCUCCUCCAAUCCAUUUUAUUUCAACCAAACAGAGCUUUAAAUCCCUCAUCAAUAACCAUGCCGCUUCACCUCCCCACGCUGUCAAUUCCUUCCCUUAUUCUCCACUACCUCUCUAUUUGGUUCAAGUCCGGCAUGUUUCGUCAAGAGAGCGAGCAAAGAGGAGGAAGCCCAUGACUCCACGCACUUCCAAACUCAAGAAAAUUAAGAUGAAAUUUUAUUCGUCAUAUAAAUCGAGAUUUAGGACAAUGAAAGAUGGGAGUAUUCGUCGCUGGAGGGAAGGCAAAAAUCAUAAUGCACACUUGAAGUCAAAAAAAUCAAAACGGAGGCUGAGACAACCAGCUAUAGUACCAGCCGCAUACGCAAAGGUGAUGAAGAAGCUUAAAUUUUGUGCUUAAAUUUAUAGAAUCUGAAUCUGAAUCUUCAGACAUGAAAUAGAAAGAAAGGUGUCUGCUUCUGCUCUUUCCUUUGUGCUCUCUGCCUUGUUACAUUCAAAAAUAUGGCACAAACAUGCGGUAGCUGGAGGAUUGAGAGACAAUUAAUAAGGUUUAUGUGGGUUUUUUUUUUUAAUAAAAAAUGUUGAAUGCUUAAUUGAUUUGUUAGAUUACUAUGGACUAAUAACUGUUGAUGAUUAGCUUU